UUUGCUCUCUGCUGCUGCUGAAAGCUAGAUUGAACCCCCGCCGCCGCCGCUGCCGUGCGGCAGCCAGCCGGCGGCGUCUGAGCUCAGCGCCGUUGCUUCAGUCUACUGCUUGCUGAUCGCUCCGCGAGUCGUCUGCGCUUGCAAUGCCAGCGACGGCGCCUCCUUCCCCGCCCACCCGCUUGCAUGCUCCACGCCGCGCGCAGGCGGCCGCCGCCGCCGCUCCCUGCCGCGCUCGCCGCCGCCUUCUUCGCCUCCAAGCCCCACCCUCCGCUGCCGCCGCCAGCGCCGCAGAUCGUCGACGCCGCCGUCUCCCGCUGCCCCUCAGACGCCCUCGCUCUCUCCUUCUUCCUCUGGUGCGCCCGCCGCCCAGGCUACUUCCACCCGCCUUCCUCAUUCGACCGCCUCCUCCCCGCCGCCGCCCGUCUCGCCUCCCGGCUCGGCACCGCCCCUGCCCUGCUCCGCGAGCUCCAGGGCCUCGGCUGCCCCAUCAAGCCCCAGACGUUCCUCCUCCUGCUCAGGCUCUACUGGCGCGGGGGCCUCUACCUGCUCGUGCUCGACCUGUUCGAGCAAAUGCCGCUCUGGGGGUUCCAACCCAACGCCUUCGCGCGCAACGUCAUCCUCGACGUCCAGCUAAGGACAGGCCAUUUCGCUGAGUCAGAGCGCUGUUUCCGGGACAACCUUUCGCCCAAUUACCUCUCCUUUGCCAUCAUGCUCACUCAUCUCUGCAGAGCCGGGAACUGGUCAAGGGCGCGGCAUUAUUUCACAGAGAUGCUUCAGAAGGGGUUUCUCCCAGGCUCUGCUUCUCUCACGGCGGUUUUUGCUUGCUGCAGUAAGGUUGGGACCAUGUCUGAGCUUCGGCGGCUACUGUCUUUCGCGCAUGUUUCUGGUUGCCAGCUCACCUCGGCCAUGUGGACAUGCAUGAUUGCUCGUCUGUGUCGCGAGGGGAGACUAGACGAUGCUUAUAGGAUUCUGGCAAAGAUGGUGGGUUCUGGUUCUCCUCCCACGGUGAUCACUUACACACCCCUGCUCAAAGGUUUCUUGCGAGCUGGGAUGCAUGACCUGGCCAGCGAGCUUCUGGGAUCCAUGGUGUCUGCUGGCUGCAGCCCAGACAUUGUUAUGUACAACGUUCUGAUGGACUGCAUGGUCAAGGCAAGGAGAUAUGAUGACGCCCUGGACAUUUACAUGCAAAUUCAUGGGAGACAGAUACAGCCAGAUGCUUACACUUUAUCUAGUUUAGUUCGGGUCUUACAAUUGUCAUCUUAUGAAAGGCUUCUUCCCAGGAUUCCUAGCUUGAUUCGGCACUCAGAUACUUCUUAUGAUCUUGUGGUCUGCAAUUCAGUGCUGAGUGCUUUAUGCAAGUCAGGUUUUCCAACAGAUGCCAUCCAGUUCUACUUUGAUAUGAUUGAAAAGAACAUCAGGCCAGACAGCUACACUUACGUCAGUUUAUUGCAUAGCCUUUGCCAAUUGGAAAUGGUAAACCAUGCAAUCAAUUUCUACCGCAGUACUGCUAUGAGAGAUCCUGAAUCAAAUUCAUAUGUCCAUGCAACCAUCCUCUGUAUCCUUGUUAGACAGGGCCGGAACCUUAUGGCCUUAAGAAUUUUGAGGGAGGCUGUACGUGAAAAUUGUGCUCUUGAUGCUGUGUGCUACACUACUGUUUUACAUGGUCUUUUCCAAGCUCGUCUGGUGGAAGAGGCCUGCAGGCUAUUUGACCAGAUGAAACAAUUAGGAAUGGCAUCCAACACUUGUACAUACAACGUAAUGCUUCGUGGACUUUGUAGGACCAGGGAUAUUUGUGCUGUCAAACAGUUGCUAACAGAAAUGGAACUUGCUGAUGUUGAGAUGGACAGCAUAUCAUUCAACACAGUAGUUGUGUUCUUAAUUAAAUCAAGGCUUAUUGACUCAGCUGCUGCAAUGAUCAGAGAAAUGCUGAAUCUAGGCAUGAAACCUAGUGCCAAAACUUCCUCAUUACUUUCUCAGUCUGUUGGCUAUAAAUUCGUUCUGGAGGAUAAUACCACAACCACAGUUGAAAGUGAUGGUUCUGAUUCAUCCAGUGAUCUCCUUGUAUGCUCAGCUUCAUAGGAAAAAUUAUUUCAGCUGAACAAGCAUACUGUUACAUAGUACUAUCUGCCAGAAUCCAUCUAUCAUUUGCGGUGUUCUUUUCGGAGGAAAAUCUACUAGGGUGAAGUGCUUGUGGCAAUCAAUCAACUUUCUGGUAUACAUAUGUAUGUCUACUUUUAGUAACUCUAGAAGUGCAGCUUAAUUGAGUCUCGUUAAAUUUUCUGAACUUCUUUUACUGGUUGGUUGGUUUGUUUUAGCAGAUAUGCUCUGUAAGUAGAGAUGAGCAUGUGUUCCCAAGGUAAGCAUAUCUGAAUUAUCAUUGGAUGGUAAUAGAUUGGAAGGACUGUUCUUGAUAUCCUUUGGUUUUACUCUGGUAUAUGUUAGUGAGUUAGUUGCCCUUUAUACUGCUGAGGAAUAGAGCCAUCUGCACAGUUCUAUUUGGUGCAGAAAAUGAGUGCUCUGGUAUUAUGAAUAUUGGAUCUCUUUGCGAACUUGCAGUUUAGGGGGAUUACACUUCAGAGAUUUUGCAACAUGACCUAUGCACUUAAUUUGAGAGAAGCUGCAGCACCUUUAUCUUGAAAUCGAUUUUGCUUAUUUUUUCUUAAGAAAUAAGAUAUUUUUUCGAGAACUGCUCUGGUAGACUUCUUUUAGAAAAUUACAUGCAUCUUAGAGCAUCUCCAACAGCUUAUCUAAAAUGGUUUGCUAUACCUAAAAACUACCCGAAUAGCUAAAAACAGUUAAAAACUGCUCCAACAGCAUACCUGUAUGGUUUGCUAUACCUAAAAUUUUUAGGCUAUGACCUAAAUUUCUCUCUCCUUGACCCAAAUAUACCAAUCCAACUCCUGGAUUGCUAUAUUGUGCUUCCACCUGGCCAAGUCAGCCAACUGCGGCCGCGUGAGGUUUCACCACUGCGCCGCUGUUGCCACGCAGCUCGCUCCACCGCAUCUAGCCACCGGACUUCACCGUCGCCUUGCCACUGCCCGGCCUCACCAUCUCCGCUCCCAAUUGUCCCUAACCGGACCUUGCCCGACCCUCCCCGCACCAGCCCAGGAGCUUGAGCCCCGUUCGAUGCGGGUGACCGGCUGACCGCGCCGCCUCCGCCUCGCCGGACCCUUCGCCGCACAACCUCCCAUCUUGACUGGAGCUCGAGAGAAGGAGAGGAUGGCCGGAGUGGCUGACCCGCCUCCAUGGUCGACUGGAUCUCGAGAGGACGCAAAGCUCGCCGUGAGGGUUUUGAAGGCCGUCCGUCGCUGAUUCAUCGUCCACCCCUUCGAUUCCCAGUGGAGAAAGAGCGGAAGACGCCGAUUCGAGCAGAGAGCCGGAGGAGCGGCACGACUUCGGCCGGAGCAACGGCUUGGGGAGAGCAGGAGGAGGAGGCGACGGGGGAGAGGAGAGGUGAAGGAAGAAGAUAAGUCAUUUUUACAGUUUGGCCCUUUAAAAAAGAUUCUCAUCACAAACUAGUCCCCAAAGGAAAUAUAGGUAUCCAAGUUUAGGUAUGCUGUUGGAGAUGAGCUCAAAGAUUUCCUAAAAUCUUCUCUCCUAUACCUAAAACUCAUUUUAGGUGUCUAAAUAUACAUAUGCUGUUGGAGAUGCUCUUAAAGCAAUCCCAUGAUUAAUUAACUAUUUUCUUAAUUAUUUUCUACCUGGGCUGGCCUGGUCCUACCUGCGCCCAACCCCUUCCCAGCCCGUGCUCAGCCGAUCUCAACCUUCCUCAGAAUACCCUUUCUUCGGUCUUUGUUCAGGCAAGGAGCAUGGCAGCGCUCGACGACAGGGUUUUCCAGUUUCCACGGCAGCGGCCCUACACACGCGAGCAUCUCUUCCUUACGGAUGUCUGCCGCUGGCUCAUGGCUGUCUAGGAGCUCAGCCAGGACAGCCACCAUGACAACUGCGUCAUGGAAGCCAGCACAGGUGCUGGCGACAAGGCAGUACCCUCUGAAAUCAUGGGAGUUGUUGCAUCCCAGGCAUUGGCGAGGAGGCGGAUGCCAUGGAGAGUCCACGACGCGGCACUCCACAGCAGCGGGGCAUCGACAUCAGUUGCAGAGAUGAUUCAGUUCUGUUCUCUGUAGACACUGCCAAUGCAGGUCCAGGUCCAAAUUCUUAGCCAGUUUACACUGAUGGUGCUUUCAAUCUAUUCCAUGCUGGACAUGUUGAGUUUCUUCCACGUAGAUAUUACGGCUUGCUCGAGAACUUGGAGAUUUUUUGCUUGUGGGAAUUCACAAUGAUCAGGCCAUACAAGUUCAACGUGAGGACGACAUCACCCAAUCAUGAAUCUCCAUGACUGAAGUUUGAGUGUUUUGGCUUGCCAUUAUGUUGAUGAGGUGAUCAUUGGUUCUCCAUGGGAAAGGUGUGGUGAGUUAUCUGUUCUGUUUUGAACCAUGGAAUUAACUUCAAGCGGGCAACCAAGGCUUCUUCAGAGAACAAAUGAAUGGCACACACCUUACCCUGUGUAUGAGAAAUCAUACCAUUUCAAUCUGUUUUUACUGAUGGAGAGCUUGUCCUCGUCGUGUCAUUGGCAUGAAUUCUGAUCACCUGUUUGAUCCAUGGAUGCAGCCAUGUCCUUGCCGCGCAAUCCACAUUCCUGCGGGACUCAGACAGUGUUGGUGAGCCUGAAUAGAUGGGCAGCGAUGCGCUGAACUAUGCGGGUUUUGCUCCAUCACAUUCGUCUCUGGCUUCGGGAACAGCCUGAACAGCCUCUCGGUAGUCUCUGGUUGACGCUAGCAUGAACUACUCUGUGUUCGUUUCUGUAGCUUGCCAAUAAUACUAGUGAACAAAGGCCUGGUGCAUCUUGUGUGUACUUGUUUGUUUGAAUGUUGUGCUGUAUUUUUAGCUGAAUGUUGUGCUGGUGCUUCCUGUAAGGUUUCAAAAAUUGGUCUGUAUUUUUAGCUGAAUGUUGUGCUGCUAUAGGCUGCAGUCUUGAAGUCAUUCUUAUCAUGCAGGUGAAGCUUGUUAUUCUGGGACCACCGACAACAUCGCCCGCCAGGAUCACUGGUGAAACUGCUUGUGUUACUGUUACCCAUCUAUGUACUUGUACCCUUCAAAUUCAGACUUUUAGUAGUUGAUGUUAUCUUCAUGCAACCUACAUAGCCUGAUGUUGAUUCCAGUCGUCGUGGACUCUCCAUGGCGUCUGCAGUGUCCACCUCACCGGCGCCGGCGGAUGCACGGCGCCCACGCUUUCAGAAGGUACUGCCUCAUCGGCAGCGCCCACGUGUCGUGCACAGCCGUCGCCCUCGACCUUGAUGGCCAGGAGCCGGCGGCGGCUGCCGGCCAUGUCGCUUUUGCCUCACGCAGAGAUGAAAAGAGACAGAAGAAAGGGGAUUGACUCAUCCAUGACGUGGAAGUUUUUAACUGACACGUAAUCAAAUGAAAUGAAAUUCUAGCUCUCAAGUGCGGAAGAGUUUUAUAGGCAUAAAAACUCAUUUCCUACCUUACGAAGGACGAGAUCGAGCUGGGCAUGGGCGUCGCGACCAAAGCACAGCGGUAAAAGAAGACGUGCUACAGGCCGACUGCCGCUGCUCCCGAUUUGUUCACUCGCCGAGCACGGAAUGGAAUCAUACGCUGUCAGUGCGCCUUCUGUCAAGCAAGCAGCAAGGGAGACAGCAAAGGAAGCUGGGCCUCGCCGUUCCUCAGCCCACCGUUCCAAACGUGCGUGUCUCUGGCUCAGAGUGGAGUUGGCCAUGUAAGGUGUUGCGUGCGUGAGUUGCUCUACUCAGGAUAACAGGCGGCGAAGAACAGCGCAUCGUUGUAACAACUCAGAACUAUGUUCUAUAUGAACCUUCCUUGUUCUUCCU